UCAACCGUUUCUCCGUGUUGAACUCGCCUUUUUAAUCUUAGGGCUCCGUUUCUCAGAUUCUGCUAAAGGAAAUCUCUUUUCUUCUACUUACAAAGUUUUAAUCUUCUUUAGACUUUCGUCUUCGAUCUCUCUGUUACUUUUUUUUUUUUUUUAAUUCUUUUCGUUGCGUCUCUCGCUCUCAUUUCUUCUUCUCAGAUCUUGGAUUGACCCGUUUCGAUCGUUGACCCCGAAUUUGGGUUCGGUUAAAAACCCGACCUGUUUCCGGUGAGAAGCUCGGGACUGAGAAAAAAGGUUCAAUUUUUGUUUGAGUGUUUGGUUUCGGGGUAUGAUGGUGACCCAAUUUGCUGGGUUCUGAAGUAGUAUGGAACUGAUUGUCACACGAAAAGAGGAAGAUCAACAAACAAGAAUAAGAUGACGCUUUACAUUCGUCGUGAAUCUUCCAAGCUAUGGAAGAGAUUUUGCUCUGAGAUAACGACGGAGAUUGGACUUCUCGCCGAGAACUGGAAAUACCUUCUGGCUGGUCUUAUCUGUCAGUACAUUCAUGGUUUAGCUGCUAAAGGGGUUCAUUAUAUUCAUCGCCCAGGACCAACUCUCCAGGAUCUUGGCUUCUUUCUUCUUCCGGAGCUUGGUCAAGAGAGAAGCUACAUAAGUGAAACCGUGUUCACUAGUGUCUUUGUUUCGUUUUUCCUGUGGACUUUCCAUCCAUUCAUCCUGAAAAGCAAAAAGAUAUACACCGUGUUGAUAUGGUGCAGAGUUCUAGCAUUCUUAGUUGCCUGUCAGUUUCUCCGUGUUAUAACUUUCUAUUCGACUCAGCUUCCUGGCCCAAACUAUCACUGUCGCGAGGGCUCUAAAGUUUCCAGGUUGCCAUGGCCCAAAAGCGCUCUUGAGGUGCUGGAGAUCAACCCUCAUGGGGUGAUGUACGGAUGUGGAGAUCUGAUUUUCUCAUCGCAUAUGAUAUUCACGCUAGUCUUUGUCCUCACUUACCAGAAAUACGGCACUAAAAGGUUCAUAAAGCUGUUUGGGUGGCUCAUUGCUUUCGUGCAGAGCCUUUUGAUCAUUGCCUCCCGUAAACAUUACAGUGUCGAUGUUGUUGUUGCGUGGUAUACUGUGAAUCUGGUGGUGUUCUGUUUAGACAAGAAAUUACCAGAAUUACCAGAUCGGACAACAGUGUUACUCCCGGUAAUCUCGAAAGAGAGCCACAAGCUGUUGAAUGGGAACGGUGUUGAUCCUGCAGAUUGGAGGCCAAGGGCUCAGGUGAAUGGGAAGAUAGACAGCAACGGAGUUCACACUGAUAACUCAAUGAAUGGCGCAUGAAAGUGGUACUGGACUUGGAGCAAUCUAAUCUAUUUAUGAAAACAGCAAAACCAAUGGCGUCAUGAAGACUUGUGUGGUCUUUUCCGUUUCCAUGAUUUCUCGAAUCUGGACUUAAAUUCUGUAAGUGGGGUAAAUUUUUGUUCAUGGGCUAUUGUUCCAGAGAAAAAAAGGAACAGUCAGAGAGAAGAGAAGGGGGGCUAAAAUAUGUACAUUUUCCCAGUUCCUUAUAUUCCAAAGUGAAUCAUAUUAUUGUUUAA